AUCUGACCUGCUCUCAGCAGUAGCACACACUUCAAACAAACAUGAGGACAGCAACUUUCAUCCUGCUUUGUGUCACAGUCUUCGGAGCUGGACUUGCUCAUUCCCCUGGUGGAAGAUCUGAGAAAUGUCUAUGCAGGGGAAAACUACUGCAGUCUGUGAGGAUAAAGCGCAUCCAGAAGUUAGAGGUGUACCCAAAUUCUGUCUUCUGUGCAAAGACAGAAAUGAUUGCCACAAUGAAGAAUGGUAAGAAAAAAUGUCUGAACCCAGAGGCCAAGCUAGGAAAAAGAUUCCUGAUGAGAAAAAGACUGGAAGAGCAACAGAAGCAAAAAAGGAGGACUGGGAAGGAAAAACAAAAAUAAUUCUAAUCCCUGAGUUGGUACAGAAUUAGAAAAUAGAUGAAAGCCUCACACCUACAAGUGUGUAUUGGUCGAACUGGAGACGGUCACUGCAGCCUGUCUGGGAGUGGAGGUGGUUCCUUCCCGGAAUACGUUCUGGACACUCAUAGUACACAAUGUGUCCAUGUGUUCCAUUCCCAUGUAAACAGGAGAACGGCCAAGAUGUUGUCACAGAGACUUACCUCAAUGGUUCUCACGAUUGUUUAUGGACAUUUGUUUUAAAUGUGCUUAUGGCAGUGAAUGUUUGUGUGGGUUAUAUCACUACUUUAUUUAUGUGUCUAUGUUUAGCCUCACUUCAGAAAAUAAUGAAGCACGCUCUUGCUCUGGGGCAAUAAAUCUGUUACAAAUCACCCAUAUCAUAACAGCUGUUGUGUACUUGCAUUAAUCCUAUAGAUAGAAAGUUGUAUAGUUCUAUACUGAACAGCAAUAUAAAUGCAACGUAAAGUUUUGGUCCCAUGUUUCAUGAGCUGAAAUAAAAGAUUCCCAAAUACAC